AUGGCAAGCUGCACUGCGUUUCAUCUUCUUCUUCUUCUUGUUCUAUCAAUCAUUCUAGCACUUACAAAUGCAAAUUUAGAAGGGGAUGCUUUGUACGCUUUGAGGAGAGCAGUGCAGGAUCCAGGGCAUGUUCUCCAGAGCUGGGAUCCAACCUUAGUGGAUCCAUGUACUUGGUUUCACGUUACUUGCGAUAGUGAUAAUCGGGUUACCCGACUAGACCUUGGAAAUGCAAAGCUUUCAGGCAGUCUAGUGCCUGAGUUGGGGAAGCUCGUCCGUCUUCAGUAUCUGGAACUGUACAUGAAUAAACUGAUGGGUUCUAUACCAAAGGAACUUGGUGACCUGAAGAGUCUUGUGAGCUUGGAUCUGUACCACAAUAACCUUACUGGGACCAUUCCUGCUUCGCUUUCUAAGCUAUCCAAUCUUAAAUUCCUGAGACUGAACGGCAACAGUCUGUCUGGAAGGAUUCCAAGAGAACUUACCAACUUGAAGAGCCUAAAGAUCCUUGACGUCUCAAACAAUGAUUUAUGUGGCACCAUACCCACCUCAGGUUCUUUCUCAAAGUUCAGAGAGGAAAGGUGGCAGGGGUACAAGUCACCCCAACAAUAUCAAACCAACAAAAGAAAAAAAGGAAAUGCUGAAGGGGAAAAUAAAUGGAAUUUGCCUGUUACUUCCAUGGAGAUCAAAAUUUUUUUCACCGAUGAAACCCUGAGUCAAUCACUCGAUUGA